AUGACUCAAGAUUCAGGAAAGAAGAUCGCUGCCGAUCCCAAACCUAUCAAGAACUCACAUGGAGUCAAAUUUCUUGGUUUGAAGACUGCAUCUUCUACUCCCUCUAGGGUUACUCGUUCUUCUGCAAAAAUUGUCUCUCCAGAAUCGUCUGGACCAGCCAAGAGGACAAGGAGUAUGAGGAUCAAGCAUGUUGUCAAGCGAGGCACAAGGAAAGCUUCAAGUGUUCAGGACAUCUCAGAAGAUUCCAUUCCUGAUCCACCGGUUGAUGAUAAUCAAGAAAGCGAUGUCGUCGAUGCUGAAGCAGAUCAAGUUAUCCACAAUGUCUUAGAGACUCUUGCAGAUGUUGCCACUGCACAGGAUGUCAUGCCAAAUGUUGAAUCACAGGAUGAUCGCGAUUCUGAACCGAACUCUGAGGCAAAGCCUAGUGAUCCUGAUGCUGAGAAGGAAGAUGAUACUGAUGGUUCUACUCAAGAAUCUUCAAAAGAAGACUCUGAUGAUCAAGAAGUGCACAAGAAAUUCACUGUCUCUGCUAGUAAGAAGGCCACAGUUUCUACAAGCAAGAAUGUUGCAGGUUUGAAAGGAAAGAAGAAAAAGGUCUCAGUUCCUGAGAAGAAGACAAAGAAGGACAAGAAAGAUGAGAAGAUUGCUGCAUCCACUAGAAGGAAGAGGAAACAUGUUGCUGAAACUGACUCUGAGCUAGAUGUUCCUGACAUCACCACUACGGCCAAGAAAAGAAUCAAGGGGAAGAGAAUUCCUUUGAAUGUUCCUGAGGCACCAAUUGACAAUGUAUCCUUCCACUUUGCCAGUUCUGCUCAAAGUUGGAAGUUUGUUGUUCAAAGAAGGUUAGCCAUAAAAAGGGAACUUCAUGCAGAUGCCUUGGAACUCAAAGAGAUCAUGGAACUGUUGGUUGAUGCAGGUUUGAUGAAGACGGUCAAGGACAUUGGCAGAUGUUUCUCUCAAUUGGUUAGGGAAUUCAUUGUGAAUAUCCCUACUGAAGAUGAAAUUCUGGCAAGUGUAGCCCCGAGUUCAGGAAGAAGUCCGGUUGCUGGAACUGAUGAAGAACCUGAUUUAAAUAGGGUUGCUAAGACCCUUACUGGCAAGAUAGUCAAGAAGUGGUCAAAGAAAGGAUUGCUUCCCUCUGGGAAGUUAACUACCAAGUAUGCUAAUCUUUUCAAGAUUGGGUGUGCAAAUUGGAUGGCCACCAAUCACCUAUCUGGUGUAACUCCUCCCCUUGCAAGAAUUCUCUAUCUGAUUGGCAUUGGUGGUGAGUUUGAUUUUGGCAAACUGGUUUUUGAUCAGACUCUGAAGCAUGCAGGCUCUUAUGCUGUGAGACUGCCAAUUAUAUUUCCAUGCCUAUUGUCUGAACUAAUUGUCAAACAAUAUCCUGAUGUUGUGAGGGCUGAUGAACCACAAGGUAAGAGACCUAUGCCUUUCAAGUUUGAUUAUCGCUUGUUUGCUGGGACACGUGUUCCAAACAGUGUGCUAUCUGCAGCAAAGGGUUCUGCCAGUACCAGUGGUACUCAGGCAGCUGGUGCAAGCAAAGAUGAUAUUUUGGCUGAAUUGAGGGUUGUCUCCAAAUCCUUGGAUGCCACUAUUCAGGCUUGCUAG